GCAACAGGUCGCUUUCGGACACAGACGGGGAAGGGAGAGAGAGAGAGAGAGAAGACACCUUGGCCUUCUUCCAACGCACCAGUGACAAUGCUGGAGCCAGAGUCCUCUGAGGUGCUGUGGAUCCUGAUUCUGGGCUUUGUGGUGGGUUUCUUCUUAGCUUUUGGGGUAGGUGCCAAUGAUGUGGCUAACUCUUUUGGGACAUCUGUCGGUUCCAAGGUGCUGACGCUACGACAGGCCUGCAUCCUUGCCACCAUAUUUGAGAUCCUAGGCUCUGUUCUCAUGGGUUAUAAAGUGUCGGAUACUGUAAGAAAAGGAAUUUUUGAAGUUGAAACGUAUUCAGAGUUUGAGAAACAACUCAUGAUGGGCUACCUUUCUGCUCUCAUCGGCAGUGCCAUCUGGAACAUCGCUGCUACCUUUUUCCGUUGGCCUGUGUCUGGCACGCACAGCAUCAUUGGGGCUGUUAUUGGCUUUACCCUGGUGGCACGCCCUUUCACCGACAUCAAGUGGAAGAUGCUAGGGCAGAUCGUUGCCUCUUGGUUUUUGUCUCCUGUGCUGUCCGGUCUCAUCUCUUCUGCCAUCUUCUAUGUCAUCAAGAAGUGCAUCCUCUCCAAGGACAAUGCGAUGAACAGAGGAUACCUGUCGUUGCCAUUCUUCUGGGGAUUCACCAUCUUUGUCAAUCUUUUCUCUGUUGUUCACGGUGGUCCAAAAUAUCUGGGCUUUGACUUGAUUCCAUGGUGGGGAGUCUUAAUUUUGUCUGUCUCCAUUGGCCUCAUCUUUGGACUCUGUGUCUGGUACUUCCUGGUGCCACACAUACAGCACUCUAUUGCCAAUAUGGGUGAUAGCGAAAGUAGUGAAAAUAACAUAGGCAAAGUAGAAAUACCGUCCAAGUUUUCAUAUCCUGAAGCUGAAAAUCCUGGUUUUGAAGAAAAUGGUCAUGACAUAGCCAUGGAAGACGUGAAGAGCAACCACACAUCUGAGCCCUCAGUCAUCAUAGAGUCCCUGCCCCCCAUAGAAGAGGAUCUAAGCAAAAAGAUGCCACAUGAUCUAUUCUGGAAAAAAAGGAAAUCCUCUGAUCUUCCUCCCCAGGACACCCCAGAAACAGCAAAGCUCUUCUCUUCCCUACAGGUUCUAACAGCUAUCUUCGCUUCCUUUGCCCACGGUGCCAAUGACGUUAGCAAUGCUAUCGGCCCUGUCAUUGCACUGUACAUGAUCUACCGGGAUGGGAAUGUGCUGCAGCGUACGGAGAGUCCCUUCUGGAUCUUGCUGUAUGGGGGUGUUGGUAUUAGCAUUGGGCUCUGGGCUUGGGGACAGAAAGUCAUCAAGACUAUUGGGGAAGAUCUCACUGCGAUCACACCCUCCAGCGGCUUCUGUAUCGAGAUUGGGGCCGCCACGACCGUUUUAGUUGCAUCCAAGAUUGGACUGCCCAUCAGUACCACGCACUGUAAGGUGGGCUCAGUGGUCUUUGUGGGGUGGGUGCGCUCACGAGCCGCUGUUGACUGGAAACUUUUCCGAUCAAUCGUCCUCGCUUGGGUGCUAACGCUACCAGUCUCGGCUGCCCUCUCUGCCCUUGCCAUGGUCAUCCUGCAAGCGGCUGCCAGCUAACAACGAUGAGACACAAUAGGACAUGGACUGCCAUUCGCCGGGGUGUCUAGAGGUCAGCUUCUGUGAGCUCAAAGAGGUGCCUCUUUUUGAAAGAUGAUUUGAUCUCUUCUGCAUGGUAAAUCUUGAUGCAGGCCAAGUCCUUCUCAGUCAUUUUCAAUGCCUUAUGAAAGUUUCUUCAACUCUUUUACUAGAAAUUAGAGUAUAAUAAGGUUUCCGGAGGGAGGGGGGACUCCAGAAUACACUAAAGCCUCAUUCUAACAGAACAAGGAUGCAAGCAGAAAUGUAGCAUGUCAAUUCAUUGUGGUACUAAUUUUUCUGGAAUCAAAUUAUCAUCAAGUCUGAUUGUAUUCCAGUUAUACACCCUGAUGUCAAUAUUUUUUCAUGUGUAUUUCUGAAGUUAAGUAUCAUCUACACUAUCCAUCUCCCUACUUCUGACAAGAAAUUUGUUUUCUGUAUUCCUACUCCAAAUUUAUUAUUGGUUAGUUGUUAUUGAUAUUGUGUUAUUGCAGUAAUUAAAAUAGAAUUUUAAAAUAAUUAACUUAAAUUCUGUUAUUUGCCAUUUUUAUAAUUUUGAUGCCCUUGAUGUUAUUUUUGAUAUUUACAAUACUUUCUUAAAAGACAAAUAAGUAACAUUUCUUUUUAUUGUUUUCAAAAUCAAAAAUUGAAAGUUUAAAUAAAAUUCCUUUCCCUACUGUCAAAUGUCAAAAAGUUAAACUGCUGAAUUGCUGAUUUAUUUAUUUUAAGUUUUGUAACACAAACAUAAGAUAUCUAGUUAAUCACUUUUCUGUAUUAAUAAGUAUAAAAUCAUAGAAUGAAUUCAUAUUGUACAGAUAAGGAGAUAUGUGUAUUGCGUCUUGUUCUAUCCCCCUUCGUUCAUCUUCCUUUUGGUUUAUUAAAAACGAAGGGAAAGUGUGUGAAUGAAGACGUAGCUGAAAAGAAGGCAUUCACUGUUUCUUAUUUUUCAAAGGUGGUAAUCUGAAGUUUAAUAUUUUUAUGUGAUCACUAAAAAGAAUAAUUGAUUCUUAUAAUUAAUCAAAUUAAUUGCCAAACAGUUGAUCAUUGACAUGAUACAAAAUUUUUUAAAAUUUCUUUAAGUUUGUAUUUAGUGCUUAAUGAAUUGAUUUCAUUGCAUGUUAAGUAACAUAUUGCUUUUUAUUGCUAGCUUGUACAUUUUGUGCUAGGUUUUUGUCUAUUUGAUUUAAUACUUUAAAUCAAAGUAUUAAGUAGUUUGAAAUAGUGUACUGGUUUAUUUUUUUAUUAAUUGUUGAAUGUGUUUUUCACAAUGAGAGAGGUUAGUUUUAUUCCAUGUUACUUAUUUAAAGAAAAAUAUGCUGUAAUCAAUACCCAAAAGGUUUAACUGUAUUCUGGAAUGUGCUUUUGAUUUCUGAAUCUUAAGAAAGUUCUGAAAGGGACAAUAACAUCAAAUCUGCUUAUCAACACUGAUUGUGCUGGCAUUGUUUUUACAAUUGGUUACUCUGUGUUUCAUGAAAGUAUUGAAAGAAAGAAAAUGACUUGGACUUAUAUUUUUGAUGUACUGUGUUAAAAGAUGAUCAAGAAAUUCCUCUGGAUACCCCAAUCUCUUGUAUAUAGCAUGAUAAUGCACCCACUCAUGUUGCUCAUGAUGAAUCAUUUUGGAUCUGGGAGACAUGACCCAUGUAUGAAAUUGUGUCAGACACUGGUUUUUAGAUGCAGAAUAUGCCAACGAGCCUGUUAAUAUAAUUUGUUCUGGAAAUGAUUUUUUCAUUUUUACAAAACUGUCAGUAUUAAGUGUCAAAUCACAUUUGAAAUCUAACCACCUGUACCCCUUUGGUGUUUUGUUGCGAGAGUUUUUAUAAAAACGUUUGCUCUUAAAUGCAUUGAUCUAUAAAAUUUCAAUGAAAAAAGCUGUUUUAUUUUUUUAAUUUAUAUAUUUAUUUUUUAGAGUAAUUGGAUUUUAUACUAAGAAUAAAUUUUGUUACAUUUUCUAAGAAUAUUCUGUUAGUUUCAUGGUCAACAAAAAAAUUCAUAGACGGGAAAAGGCUUCAGGUAUUGUAAGCACAGAAAAAUAAUACAUUUACAUACUAUAACCAGACAUUCAAAAUAGGAUUUUUUAAAUUAAUAAUUAAUUUUUAAUAAAUUUUGUUAUGUUUCAGAGCUUUUUAAAAAAUUUUUAGAAUUUAAUAAUUCUGGUUUAGUUUCUAAAAUCCAAGA